AUGGAGACGACAGCAGUCAUAGGACUUAUUGCGAACAUUGCGCAAUUCAUACAGAUCGGCUACCAACUUGCAUUAUAUGCUCGGGAGUCGCAUGUCAAGGAGAACACCGCAAAGGUGGCUAGCGCUGGCUUCUCCAACGAGCAAGCCAACCACGCCAAGUCUCUGCAGCAAAUGGCAGACGAAUGCAGUCGGAUUGCCGGCGAGUUGGUUCUCAAACUGGGACGCCUGCAGACGAAGAAGAAAGGCUGGACACGCAGACUCGAGUCGGUGAAGGUUGCGAGCCAAGCCUGGUGGACCAAGAAGGAGGCUAAUGAGCUGCUGACUCGGCUUAUGGCGUUGGAAGGAAGGCUGGUGAGAUGGUGGGAACAGUCCGAACGUCUCUCUCGACUUGAGGAAUCAGCAAAGAGGAUGGAAGAGACGGCGACGAUGUCCCAUCUUCUCAGCAUAGAGACCAAGUUGGACAAUUGCCUUGCGCGUCUCGGGGCAGAAGCUGCGAAACAGCGGAAUGAACUGAUGCUCGAAGGCAUAGACGCCAAAGCAGGAGUCCGGCGUGCUCAGGGUGCGCGUGAAACGCAAAUCCAACGACAUGCUGGUAUUCUCAGAAAAGCCGUUCGGAUGGCGGAAACCUACUCGGAACGAGUAGUCGACGCGAAGAGACGUUACCGUAUUCUGGAAAGCCUCGUAUUCCAACAAAUGAAGACGCGACGUGAUAACAUUGACGAUGCCCAUGACGAGACUCUACGCUGGAUAUAUGAUGAAUCAAGGACGACAUUUCUGAAAUGGCUGGAGGAAGGUACCGGUAUCUACUGGGUCAAUGGGCUGCCCGGUAGUGGGAAGUCCACAAUGAUGAAGUUUGCCUCGAGCCAGCCGCAGACCAGGGCAGCCUUGGGCAAAUGGUCCUGUCAUCGUCAACUCCUGACAGCAAGCUACUUCUUCUGGACCGCAGGAACAGAUAUGCAGAAGUCCCAGCUGGGCCUCUUUCAGACACUGCUCUUCAACAUUCUACGUUCGGAUCCAGCUAUUUCAGAUGCCCUUUUCCCCCACGAACGGCCCAAGGAGCCGUGGGACGUCCCGGAACUCCUGACCAUAUUCGCCAGCCUCAAAGAAGUCACCAGCUCGACCACAAAGUUCUGCUUCUUCGUCGACGGUCUUGACGAAUACGAAGGAGACGAGGAGGCAAUCAUCGAAGUCGUUAAAAGCUUGACCGCAUCCCCAAAUAUCAAGAUUUGCACGUCAAGUCGGCCAUGGCCUGCUUUUUUCGCCGAGUGGAAUGCGUCUAUUCAGACAUUAGCAAUGCAGGAUUUUACGAGGAACGACAUGGCGAAGUUUGUGGCUGAAAAGUUGACAUUGGACAACAGGUUCCGAACUCUAGCUGCUCGCGACGCCAGAUAUCGCAACCUGGUGCCAUCCAUUGCAGGAAGAGCGCAAGGGGUGUGGCUUUGGGUACGACUCGUUGUUCGUGACCUACUUAGAGAUAUGAGGGAUAACGAGCCUUAUGAGCGCUUGAAAGUCCGGCUAGAAGCCUACCCGAUCGAGCUGAACAAAUUCUUCGAGCGCAUGCUGCUCCGCAUCGACUCAGCCUUCAGAGUGGAAACGGCCCAAAUAUUCCUCCUUGCAAUCAAGUCGAAAAGACCGAUGUCUAUCCUGGCGCUACCGCUACUCGAGUGGGAGAAUGGAUACCAGCCUUCCACGGAUAUGGACUUGAGUCGUGCUGAUGAAUCUCGACUAGACGCCAUGUAUCGGUUUUGGCACCCUCGGCUCCAAAACCGGUGCCGAGACCUCAUGAAACUGACGAAGGAAAGCAGCAACCCGGUAUGGCUUAGGUACCAGGUUGAUUUCCUUCACAGAACGGUUCGAGAUUUCUUGCGAGAUCACUACGUCUCUUCGCUCCGGGAAAGGGUACCCUCCUCGUUCGACGAGCGAGUCUUCUCAUGCAAACUUCUCCUGCUAGGUCACGCGCCUUUGCAACGCUGCAACGGCCAGAGCAACUAUACGAGCGAGUAUGCAAGUCAGACAAGAGAAUGGACCGGCGAGCUUUUCGUAUAUCUAAAGCAAGUUGAUCUGGACGCCUGCUCACGGGAUGAUGAUGUCAAAGUCGCAAAUAUCUUGGACGAACUAGAGGCGGCCAUGGGUCCUUCCAACAUAGAACAUUGGAUCUAUAGAACCUAUGGCUUCGAAAACUAUGGCUUCGACCUUGGCUUCGACCUUGGCGCUGAAAUUCCUGCAAUCACGACAGCAGCAGGUAUAUCGCGGUACACUUUGAAUAUGGCAACAGCAGACGCCCGUCUGCUGCAUAGUCCACGAUGGCCCCUCCUUCGGACAGCUCUGAACUGGAGUCACGUCGCGCGCGUUGCGUUGCCUUCGCUACUGGAUGACGUCGACAACACGAAUAACGCGGAUGUUGAACACAAGAGUGUUAAGAUGAGAUGGCAUGGCUCCGCGCUGAGCAAGGUAUCGAUAUGUCUCUUUGUCUUGCGGCUCGUGUCCAGGGUAAGGGCGUGGCGGAUCGUGCUGGGGGUUCAGAGCAUGCUGCUCCUUGUGGUGAGCCUCGCGUACAGCUUCACUGCGCUGCUGCAAUGUCGACCGCUGGAGAGGCUGUGGAAGCCUGAGAUUUCGGGCGAGUGCUGGAGCCUGGACAUCCAGCGGGAUAUUGGCUACUUUCAAGGAGCUGUUGAUGUUUUCUCCCAGCUGUCCAUCGCGCUGUUCCCAAUCAUGAUGAUCCUAGACCUCGGCAUUCCGCGCAAUAUGCGCUGGCCAUUCUACACCCAUUCCAUCACAAGCAUCAUUAUCGCGAUACUCGCCGUCCUGAGAACCUACAACAUCUCACUCAUACGCUCUGGCGACGCGGACACGUCCCAGAUCAUGCCCACGAUCCUGGCCGUCCUGGAGCAGAACCUCGGCAUCCUGUCGGCCAACAUCCUACCCAUCGCCUCGCUGUGCUCCAAGGACAUGCGGCCGGUCAGCCGGGCGUUCAGCGAGGCGGUCAGCGUGCGGGACAGCGACGCCGCGUCGAUACUCGCCAGGCGGGCUGGGAUGGGCAGCAAGGCGUCGCGACGCCAGAGCAACGGGUCGACGUUUCUGAUCGAGGGCCCGCAAAGGGCUAGCUUUGAUGGAAACUCGCUGCAUGAGCCUGAGGGCGCUGAGGCCUGGCCCAUGGGCAUUAUGAAGACUGUUAGCGUGGAGGUGGUCAAGGAGGAUGCUGUUCAUGUUGAACGUGGUCUUGCGGUUUCGGAGGCGAGGCGGAUGAGUGGACGGCAGGACUGGGACAGGUAUCUGCGAUGA